GCAAUUAUGUUUAGCUGUGGAAACUCAAGCAAAACCUUCAAGCAGAAUACUGAGUAUAAAGUUAGCAGCCACAUUUUCCAACGGGCAGAAGGGGCAGAAGGCUCCCGGUAUCAUGUGGAGGCUCCUAUGGGCUCCAAACCCGAUUCUCGGUCCUGUGGAUGCUCAGAGGAGAAACAAAUCUGGCCAAGACUAAUGUGGCCUUUCCGCUGCGCUCACUGCCAUUACUCCUGCAACAUCUCGGGCUCCCUGAAGAGGCACUACAACCGGAAACACCCUAGCGAGGAGUAUGCCAAUGUGGGCAGUGUGGAGCUGGCAGCUGAAGCGCUCAUCCAGCAAGGUGGCUUGAAAUGUCCUGUCUGCAGCUUUGUUUAUGGCACCAAAUGGGAGUUCAACAGACACUUGAAGAACAAACAUGGCUUGAAGGUGGUGGAAAUUGAUGGAGACCCCAAGUGGGAGCCAGCAGCAGAAAUGCCCGAGGAGCGAUCCACUCAGUAUCUGCACAUCACAGAGGCUGAAGAAGACGUUCAGGGGACACAGGCAGCUGUGGCCGCACUCCAGGACCUGAGAUACACCUCUGAGAGCGGCGACCGCCUUGACCCCACGGCUGUGAACAUACUACAGCAGAUCAUCGAGCUGGGUACUGAGACUCACGAUGCCACUGCUGUAGCCUCAGUAGUUGCCAUGGCACCUGGGACAGUGACUGUGGUAAAGCAGGUCACUGAAGAGGAGCCCAGCUCCAACCACACAGUCAUGAUCCAGGAGACCCUCCAGCAAGCCUCCGUGGAGCUGUCCGAGCAGCACCACCUGGUGGUGUCCUCUGAUGACGUGGAGGGCAUCGAGACCGUGACUGUGUACACGCAGGGUGGGGAGGCCUCGGAAUUCAUUGUUUACGUGCAGGAGGCCAUGCAGCCCCUGGAGGAGCAGGCAGGGGCGCAGCCAGCUCAGGAGCUCUAGAGGACCUCAGCCUCUCAAAUGCACAGGACAGGCUGCUGGGCACCCAGGGCGGAGACCACGCAGCCACCUGGCCUCCAUGGUAGCACUGUCCCCUGCACUCCCAGCCCAGAGGCCCAGGUGGGCUCUCCUCACCACUGUUUGGGUGUUCAAGGCGACUGCAUCACCAGCAAUACAGGACCUUGGUCCCCAGCACAGACUCACCCCCCUCACCCUGUAUCAUCUGCUUUGGAAGGACCUUUGCAUCAGCCAUUCUGCCCCAUGUCAUCCCUUGCUUCCAGAUCCAACUGAGACUCUGUCCCAUCAACAUCUUCCCUGAAUCAUAUCCCCAGCCCCGGCCCCACCUACUGCCCAUUCCUUCCUGGGCCCACUGUGCAGCCUGGUGAAAGGGAGACAGCCAUCACACAGCAAGUGACCUUAUGGCUUAUAAGUGGCGCUGGGUAGGGUAGGUGGGAUUGUCCCAGCUCUUUCCCCAGGGCCCCACCCUCCUCAAAUACAGGGCUGCUUGGGAUCAAGUGAGGUAACCACCUUUCCCUCAUCACAAGGUCCCAGCUUGCCAUUUUAGAAUUCUUUGGUUUUUAAGAAAAAUGCACUUUUACCCUUUGCACCCUGUUCUGAGAGUGAGGUGGGUGGAAUAAAAGUGUUUCCUGCC